UUUUCUUUCGAGCAGGGGCCGCCGUGAGCAGGCUCGGCCAGACAAGGACAGCUGCAGAGUAGGGAGAGAGGGAGGGAUAGAGAGAGAGAGAGAGAGAGAUUGCAGAGAGAAAAGAGAAAACUCGGUGAAAACAAACAAACAGGGGCACCUGAUCCAUCUUCCACUCGCAGUCGCAGACCAUUUCCUUAAUCUCUUCUCUCCGACUCUGUGUACCGUACCACCUGGUCUCUUCUCUCUCUCGCCCCCGGUUGUUGUUCUACUUGUAUCCACCCCACCAACAUUUCUUCCCCUUCUUCUAAUCUUCUUCUUCGUCUGUGUAUAUAUAUAUACAUAUAUUCACUCUCCUUCGUAAUUCAUAAUCCCCAUCCCCGAUUUGCUUCAAUUUACCCCCCAAUUCCCUCAUUUUCACCCAUAUUUACUCAUUUUCAACAUGAGUUCCCAUCCCCCCGGCGCCGCCGCCGCCGCCGCCGCCGUUCACGGUCAUAACUCCACCAGGAGACUGCCCGACUUCUUGCAGAGCGUCAAUCUCAAGUACGUGAAGCUGGGCUACCAUUACCUGAUGACCCAUUUCUUGACCCUCCUUCUGAUCCCGCUCGCCGCCGUCAUUUUUGUCCAGGCUUCUCAGACCAACCCCGACGACCUUCGCAGCCUCUGGCUCCACCUCCAGUACAACCUCGUCACCAUCAUCGCCUGCUCCGCUUUCCUGGUUUUCGGAUCCACCGUUUACAUCAUGACCCGACCCAGAUCCGUCUACCUCGUGGACUUCUCCUGCUACCUCCCUCCCCCGCAUCACCGGGCGAAAUUCUCUCAGUUCAUGGAACACUCCAGGCUCACCGGCGACUUCGAUGAGUCCUCCCUCGAAUUCCAGCGCAAGAUUCUAGAACGCUCUGGGCUAGGAGAAGAAACGUGCGUCCCUGAAGCUAUGCAUCACAUACCCCCGAGGCCUUCAAUGGCGGCCGCGAGGGAAGAAGCAGAGCAGGUGAUGUUCGGAGCAUUAGACAACCUGUUCGCCAACACCAGCGUCAAGCCCAAAAACAUCGGAAUCCUCGUGGUGAACUGCAGCUUGUUCAAUCCGACGCCGUCGCUUUCCGCGAUGAUAGUGAACAAGUACAAAUUAAGAGGGAACAUCAGGAGCUUCAAUCUCGGAGGCAUGGGAUGCAGUGCAGGGGUCAUAGCCAUUGAUCUAGCCAAAGACAUGCUUCAAGUUCACAGGAACACGUAUGCUGUCGUGGUCAGCACCGAGAACAUCACCCAGAAUUGGUAUUUUGGGAACAAGAAAUCCAUGUUGAUCCCAAAUUGCUUGUUUCGAGUUGGUGGGGCUGCGAUUUUGCUAUCCAAUAAAGGAUCAGAUAAGAGAAGAUCCAAGUAUAAGCUUGUUCAUGUGGUGAGAACUCACAAAGGAGCAGAUGAUAAAGCCUUCAAAUGUGUGUAUCAGGAACAAGACGAAGCAGGCAAAACGGGGGUUUCUCUGUCAAAAGAUCUCAUGGCCAUUGCAGGAGGAGCACUGAAGACAAACAUAACAACACUGGGUCCUCUGGUUCUGCCAAUAAGCGAGCAGCUUCUGUUCUUCGCGACACUCAUGGCCAAGAAGAUAUUCAAGGCGAAACUAAACGCAUACAUACCAGAUUUCAAGCUGGCAUUCGAGCAUUUCUGCAUCCACGCCGGCGGGAGGGCAGUGAUCGAGGAGCUGGAGAAGAAUCUAGAUCUGGAGCCGCACCACGUAGAAGCUUCGAGAAUGACGCUUCACAGAUUCGGGAACACAUCGUCGAGCUCAAUCUGGUACGAAUUGGCAUACACAGAAGCGAAAGGAAGAAUGAGAAAGGGGAACAGGGUUUGGCAAAUUGCGUUUGGGAGCGGAUUUAAGUGUAACAGUGCAGUGUGGAAAGCGCUGCGAAACGUGAAGCCAUCGCCCAAGAAUCCAUGGGAGGAUUGCAUCCAUAGGUACCCUGUUCAGAUUCUUUCUUAGAUUUAAUUAAAUUGAUUGAUGAUCAAUAUUAUUAUUUGUAGGUAGUAAUUGAUAUUGAUGAUGAUGGGUUCUGUGUAGGAUUGGAUUUGAUCUCAACCCUAGAUUUAUUAUUACCUUAUUAUUUUGGUCAUUAUUACUCAGUUUUGUAUUAAUCAUUAGUGCUGUACUAUCAUGCAUGUAUUUCUUUAUUCUUUAUUCCCCCCCCCCCUCUUUGCCUUAUAAUGUCAGAUUAUGCGCAUUCACUGUUA